CACCCAUCGGGGUUCCAUGACAAAUGGAACUAACUUCCGGUUUGAUUCAGGCUCCUCCGUAGAAUGUUUUUGGGCUUUAAGCAGUAUCCUUGCGCAGUGUCACAGUUAUCCUACGUCAUCCGUCAUUUUCUUCAACUGCACUUGCAAUUUGCAGUUCUAUAUCUCCGAGGGAUAUAUUUUGUUUGUCGUAUGUCCAUCCAGAAUCUCAACACAUUCGACCCCUUUGCAGAUGCAAUCAAGGGUUCAGAUGAUGAUGUCCAAGACGGUCUCGUGCAUAUAAGGAUACAACAGAGAAAUGGUCGUAAGACCUUAACAACGGUACAGGGGCUUUCUUCUGAAUAUGACUUGAGAAAAAUAGUUCGAGCAUGUAAAAAGGAGUUUGCCUGCAAUGGGACAGUAAUUGAACACCCAGAGUACGGGGAGGUGCUGCAGCUGCAGGGGGACCAGCGAGAAAAUAUAUGCCAGUGGUUAACAAAGUCAGGUCUGGCCAAACCUGACCAACUCAAAGUCCAUGGUUUUUAAUCGACAAACCACUCAUGCCACUAUAUAAGGCAAUUCCACAUUCAUCAAUAUAUAAUAAUACCUUAUCAUCUUAAAUUAUCUGUAUCAGUCACUAUCACACUUGUUGAUACUUCGUGGGAUACCUUAUUAUAUACACAUAUAUAUUUCAAUAAAAAAAAAAACAUAAAUAAAUAAUAAUAGUAAAAAAAACUAUAUAACACAGAGUACCGAGAAGAGAGAAAGAGGUAUAGGUACAAUAUUCUAAUCAGACGUUUUUUCUAAGAUUUUAGGAAGCAAUAUUUUACCGCUUUAUGUUAGAUAAUCCAAUGAAGGUGUCACGCUUAAAAUAAUAGUGAUAAUAGUAGAAUUUUGAGAAGAUAAGUAUACAAAGGAUAGACAAAAAUAGCAACAGAUGGUUUGGUUCAGUAAUAGAUAGUAUGUAUCUGGGCGCUAUAGACGUGUUCAGAGAGAGAUUGAGAAGUGUUGUUGCCUUAGGCUUCAACAUUGGCUUAUCUGUUUAUGUAAUUCGCGAGAAUGCGUUGGUUUAUAUUAUAUAUAUUAGGAAAAAAGCAAACUUUAAGUUUGCCCUCUUGGUGUCAUCAUCUCAUUUUAAUCUUGUGCCUCUGGUUUAUA